UUCAGAGAAUUAAAAUAGAAAAGAAAAGAAAAGAGAAAAAAAGCCUUAUUCACUCGUUUCCUUCAUCUUUCUCUCAUUCUCCCCCACUUGAGAGAAGAAGAAGAAGAAGGAAACAGCAUCAACUAAGAACAGCACUAGCAGAAAUAUUUCUACUCAUCUAGUUGUGAGGUUAAGGAUUGUAUUGAAGGUUAAUAGAAGUAGAUCUUAUGGAUCAGUAUGAGAAAGUUGAGAAGAUUGGAGAAGGAACUUAUGGUGUAGUUUAUAAAGCUCGUGACCGUGUAACUAAUGAGACUAUAGCUCUUAAGAAGAUUCGUUUAGAACAAGAAGAUGAAGGUGUUCCAAGUACAGCUAUUAGAGAAAUCUCUUUGUUGAAGGAAAUGCAGCAUGAUAAUAUUGUCAGGCUGCAGGAUGUAGUUCACAGUGAGAAGCGCUUGUAUUUAGUUUUUGAGUAUUUGGACCUGGAUUUGAAGAAGCAUAUGGAUUCGUGCCCCGAGCUUGCUAAGGAUCCACGUUUAGUAAAAAGGUUUUUGUUUCAGAUUCUCCGUGGUAUCUCUUACUGCCAUUCUCAUAGAGUUCUCCACCGAGAUUUGAAACCGCAGAACUUACUAAUAGAUCGUCGUACCAACUCACUAAAGUUGGCAGACUUUGGAUUAGCCAGGGCAUUUGGUAUUCCUGUCAGGACUUUUACUCACGAGGUGGUGACCCUAUGGUAUAGGGCACCUGAGAUCCUCCUAGGCUCUCGCCAUUAUUCAACUCCUGUUGAUAUCUGGUCAGUGGGUUGUAUAUUCUCUGAGAUGGUGACCCAGCGACCUCUGUUCCCAGGAGACUCUGAGAUUGACGAGUUGUUCAAAAUUUUCAGAAUUAUGGGCACUCCAAAUGAGGAAAUUUGGCCCGGAGUGACAUCUUUACCUGACUUCAAAUCUGCCUUUCCUAAGUGGCCUGCUAAGGACCUGGCAGGUGUGGUCACUAAGCUCGAUUCUUGUGGAAUUGAUCUUCUUAAUAAAAUGCUUUGUUUGGACCCAAGUAAAAGAAUUACAGCUCGAACUGCUCUCGAGCACGAAUACUUCAAGGAUAUUGUACUAUGAUUUCAUCUUCCCCCGUCUUCAUCGCUGCAGUAGUUCUGUCUCGGCUGAGUAUAAUCAUUUUACAGGUAGAAAAACUGAUAUUUUGAUUGUGUGAGAAUUGUGUGUUCCUUUUUGCCCAUUUUGUGAUUGUAUUCUUUCAUGAAGCUGGUUUUAGUCAAAGAUAUAUAACUGGCAUUCUUUUCUUUAUUUUUGGGGUUGUUUGCCAUCUUGAGAUUGUGUACAUAGAUGACAUUUCAUUUUCGGACCUGCAGCGAAUUUGAUUUUCUCAAUCAUGUUACUCAGUAUUCAUCUGUUGUUGCUUUUAAAUCAAAGGAUUUACUGAUUGAGUUAA